AUGAAUCUAUUUCUAGUACUAUGUUUGCUGAUUGUCUCAGUGUUUGCCAACGAUGAAUACGGUGGUGGCGGUGGUGGAGACGGUGGCUACGAGAGUCACCAUCAAUCGGUCAAAGCACCGGCAUUUGUGUUGCCAAUACCCGAAAUCGGACUAUCCUUCGAUAAGAUACCGUUGUUUCUACCGUUGCCGAAAAUUGUUUUGCGCAAAAAUCCGACACUGAUAUCCAAACCGCUUGUUUUGCCGCUGUCUCACGGUUUCGAUAGUCACGGUUUCGGCGGUUUCGGCGGUUUCGGUGACCUGUUUGGCGGUGGUGGUGGUGGUCACGGAAAGGGAUUCAGUAUCAGUUUCGGUAAGGGUGGACACGGAGGCGGAUCGCAUGGAUGGUAG